UAAGCCUUUAAAAGCGUGGGAAUAACAAAUGGAUAACCUUUCAAUGAGCAUUGAACAAUACUUUUUUUAUUAACAUCAAAGCUUAAUUGUAAUAUAUUUAUUUGUAAGUUUAUCAAAGGUCAUCAACUUUACACGUACCUCAAAUGGCAUCGAAAUGUUUUCCUCAAUCAAUUUUAAUUCUGAAACUUCGAAACGUGUCCAAACGGAUGUAUUCCGCACGAAAGUCUGGAUUUCUCUUCCAUCUAUACUCCUACAAGUUUGAAACAAAAGCCCUGGCCGCCGAAUCGCUGUAUGGACUGAUAUAUGCAGACGACAUCUUCGAAAUGGUAUCCUCUGUACACUACGAGCUGGCUGGAAGUGAAAUGUUUUUGAAGGCCAGCGUCAUCAUCGUCAUUUACAGUUUCGUUAUCCUGUUCACUCUUCUAGCGCUAAACCUCAUUAUUGCUCUGAUCAACACCUCCUAUUCAACCAUUAAAGAGAUUGACGAUAAAGACAACUUAGAUCUACAACAGAACAGGAAGACGGUAUUGAUGUUUGAUUAUUUGAACAGAGAGGCGACGCCAAACGGAAACAUAAGAAGCGGAAUAUUUAUAUGGCUAUUUUAUCCGCAUAAAUACAAACAUUUGACAUGCUGAAAAUGUUGAAAAUCGAUAAACGGCACGUACAAUCCGGAGCAAAUCAAGAGACGAAUAUUGAAAUUUAAAAGUGUCUUUGUUGUAACAUUUUCGAUCAAUACGUAAUAAGACCUUUUUCUUUAAUUGUUUGCUGAAUACAGUCUAACCUGUCAAUAAAGACCACUUAAGGGAUUAGGUCGUUGUGGUCUUUGUUCACAGGUGGUCUUUAUUCGCAGGGUCGAUUAAACAUUGCAAAAUAUGCUAGUAGGAUUUUAACAGGUACCUUAUCUAUGU